AUGGAGCCGUUCACUCCCUAUUACUCGGGGAAUGACUCCCACCCAGGGCGGCCCGUUUACUACUUCCGCAUGAUGAACGGUGUGAAGGCUCCCCAGGCCAUGUACCCCUAUGAAGGGAGACUGGAGCCAGCCUCCGGUUCCCUGGCCCCAGACGCCGGCUACGCCAACGCCCAGCAGACUGUACGGAGGAGCAUAUGCGCCCAGAAACAGUGA